GACUAAUCAAACGUUAUGCAGGACCUGUAAACAACGUGAAUCGCAUCAUUCAGGCCGCAUCGAAGACGCCUACGUCAAAAAAGGACAAAGGCUUUAAAUUGUAUGUGUCCAGCUACAUACACAACUAUGAAGUUUCAAACAAGGUGUCAGGAGCGGUGACAGUUACGUCUGAGUGCUUCAGGUGUAUGAGGAAAAGCCAAAAGCCUCACUGUCUGAGUAUAGUGCUAAGGGAUUCACCUCCUGCGGAGUUACAGGAGUGCCAAUGUACCUGUGUGGCAGGUACAUCCUUGUGCAGCCACUUGGCAGCUCUUCUUUAUCAGACUGCCCACUAUUCCCAGCUUAGGCUCAGAUCAGUUCCCCCAGUGUUCAGCUGCACAGAGACUGAACAAAAGUGGCAUAAACCAAGGACUAUGGGUAUUAAACCUGGUCCAGGAAACAAAAUGGUUAUCCUGUCAGCCAGACUAAGAGAAAGAAGACUGGUAGAAGGAAUCAGAAGCAGCUUGUAUAAAGGCAUUAGCUCAUCUCUGCUGGAAAUAUCACUGCUUAAAGUUCAUGACGUGUACCAUGACCUUCCUGCUGAUGAAGCUCCCAUGAUCACAACAAUGGCUGUUUCCAGUGAUGUACCUCUGGUUGACUCCAUAUUCGGACAAGUGCAAGAGGGAAGUGUGCUGUCCUAUCAGAUGCCAACAAAGACUGUCCCAAGGACCCGUCCACACACAGACGCCCCUUCUCCCCCACAGCUGCCACUCUCAGAUUACAGGAUGGGACCCUCUACAUGUGCAUUUGUCUGCUCUGAACAUCAGCACCAUCACAUGGCAUCCCUUGACACAUCUUUGGAGACAGCACACAAAAUUGAACACAGCACAUGAGAACAGAGUUCUUGUGCUGAGUGGCACCAACUAAGGAGGUGCCGCAUCACCUCUUCCAAAUUCAAAGAGCUCUGUCACACCAGGGGGGAAAGCUCUGCUGAAAAUCUCGCCAAAAGGCUUCUGAGACCUUGCCAUAAGACUGCUAACAUGAGGCGGGGGCUUGACAUGGAGCCUGUAGCAAUAGGGGAGUACUGCACUCAAAAAAAUCAUAUGUUAGCAUUACUUCACUUUUUUAUGUCAACAGGUUCCACGUAAGUUGUUAAGUUGCCUUUAAGAAAGAAUAUUUAUUUCAGUGAACAUAAGGUAAUUACAUAAAGUUAAUGUAAUUUUGUUUAGUUCAAUCAACGUAACAUUCAUGAUUUUGUUUUAAUCUAUUUGGUUAUUUAACUUCAAUUACUCUAAAAUUUAUAUUGUUAUGUUCAAAGACAUAAGAAAAAAGUUUCAGUUUCAUUGUGUUUAUUAAAUAACAUUUUUACAAUGUCUUACAAUGAACACUUUCUAUUGUUUUUCCAACCAUAAAAUGUUUUUCAAAA